UAAUCUCGUCUAUCGUUUUAAAAUGGAACGACUUUGUGGAAAUCGAUUAGUUUUUUCUUCUAUCAUGCUUACAUUUAUCGUAUUGAAUUUUGCUGUCUUAAGUUCGUCUGCACCAAUAUUGUUUGAUGAAGGAGACUAUAUUGGGACUCUGGAUAUUUUACGAAGUUCCGUGGAACACGCUUUUCGAAGAUUUACUCACAAGAAAAUGGAUUGCAGCAGACGAGGUGGAUGUUUAACAGAUCCAACUACAUUGAAACUCACGAAUAUGCCUGACUUCAAAAAACUUAAUCAAUCGGGCGAAAACGACAAGCAGAUUUUACAGGCAAACUACGAAGCUCUUCACACCUAUCAGUACUUUAUAAAUAAGUACCUAGUUUAUUCUUCGGAAGCAAAGUCAUCAAAAAUUAUUUCGUCUUUACAAAGAACAAGAGAAGCUUCUGACAAAGUCGUUGCAUCACACGCGUCUUACAUGACAGGAAGAUCGUGCGAAGAACCAAUGCAAUACAUAGAACGGGGUUACCCAAUUCACCCAGCACCGAGUUCAGUAUUGGAAAAAGUUCGAAUCUACGAAUUUUUGAGGCAAUAUAACGCAUUUAUAGAGAGUUUUAAGCAGACUUAUGAAGAUUUGAUGUGUCAAUGAAUUAUAUCCAGACAUCAAAUUAGUUCUGCGUUCGAUGAGUAGCAAUUUGCCGAUUAAAUCUUGGAUGAAAAAAAUCUUAUUUUCUGCCUAUAGUUGGGCAAAUCGACGUAUUUACACAAACCAGAGCUUACAUAAAGGCAAUAUAUAUAUUAACUGACAUUGGUGCAAUAUUUCAUUUUGUGAUUUCUAGUUUGUGUUUUUGACUUAAUAUUAUAGUUUUUUACUAUACAUAAUAUUACGCAAAUUUUAUACUUUUCACUUUAUUUAAAGUAAUAUAUUUAUUUUCAUUGUCAUUAUUGUUGUUCAACUACAAUCAUAGAAUAACAAAACACUCCUUUACUUGACUUUUUAUUUUUUAUUGCGAUCAUAGCAUCUACACAAAAAAUGUGAAACUUACUGUGAUAUCACAUACAAUCAACACAUUCAAUGUGAGAUUAUAUGAUAUAUAUAAUGUUUCAAAACACGCUAGAGUAGACUAAGCAUCAUUCAAGGAACUGUUUAAUUGGUGUGAAAAUUUUCGGACGUAGUCGAUUUCUUAUUGAAAUAUCAGUUCUUGGAGCGCUCU